UAUACACACAUACUUAAAGCUUCAAUCUUUAAAACAUAAUCCAAAUUUCACUUCCACUAAUCUCCAGCCCAGUUUCCUUCUUUAAUUUCUGAGGGAUCAUCAAAUCGUUUGAUUCGAUUAAGUCAGCAUGGGAUCAGAUGCGAACAAGAUGAAGGGCGGCGGCACGGGCUUCCCGCCGCCGCAGACCGCUCUCUGCGCCAACGGCUGCGGCUUCUCCGGCACGGCGGCGACCAUGGGCCUCUGUGCCAGCUGCUUCCGGGAACUCCGCCUGAAGGAGCGGCAAGCGGCGCUCGCCAAAGCCGCGGUGGAGCAGCUAGCGCUGUACUCGAGACUCCAACCCGAUUCGCCGCCGCCGAGUAAAUCUGCACCGGUUGUCACGGCGGAGCAAAGCCGGAGACAGGCGGCGCCGCCGCCGCCGACCAGGUGUGACGCCUGCAAGAAGAAGGUGAGAGUGAUGGGUUUUGAGUGCAGAUGCGGGCGCACAUUUUGUGGGACCCAUAGGUACCCGGAGAAGCAUGAUUGCACGUUUGACUUCAAAGCCCAAGGAAGAGACGCCAUAGCCAAAGCUAAUCCUUUGGUUAAGGCAGACAAAAUACAAAGGUUCUAAGAUUCCCAAUUGUAUCAAAACUCGGAUCAUACCAUGAUACCAUUUGCAAGUCGAAUGAUGUUUUUGACUAGUUGCCUAAAAUAUAGUUUACAUUGAAUUGUCCUAGUCAAGAUGGAGCCAUGGAGGAGCUAGGAGAAGAGUCUUACUCCAAUUACUCCAUACAUGACAUGAUAAUGAACUCCAAUAAUGUAAUGUAAAAUCCCCAUCAUAUCCAUCAUUGACCACUCUUUACUUGCUUUCAUUCAUCUUUAGCCUUUGGCUUUUCACUUUUGAACCUAAAACGUGAAAAAUGAUGCACUCAA